CCCUCCAACUCCCUAACACCACCUGCUCACCUAGGCUUUGUCAUGUUGCUGCCACUGCUGGGAGCCUGUGCUGUGGUGGGGCCAUUCCAGGGCCCUGAGUGGGAACCAGUGCGGGGCCUGCUCUCUGAAGAUCGCAGCUGCAGGGACCCUCGGUGCUGUGGCAACCUGCUUGUGCUCUGCCUCUUUCUGAUCUGGCAGGUCCAGCACUACUGGCACCAGGUCACAAGGACCCACACCAGCACGCGGAAGGUCAUCAAGGUGACACAGCAGAAGUGGACAGUGCCCUCCGUGAGACAUGACACUUGCUUCAGGAUGACCCCUGAAUUCUUCUUCAGUCCUGAUAAUUUCAACGACCUGGAUGCUCAUGUCCAACAAUGGGUACAAAAGAAGAGACAGGAAUACCGAAGGGGCCUCCAGGAAUCAUGGACCCAACACCUGCUCUCUUGGCAACACCCAUUUCAGGGCCCACCUUGGGAUUUCCAAACACCUAUUGAGCCCUUCUUUUGCACCACCUCCCUUUCAAGCACCUGUAUGCUCCCCCAGGACAGUUCUCGGGAAGCAUGGCUGGUACCCUGGUGUCUCAGUGAUGAGCAGACUCACCUGAUUUGCAAGUCACUAUCCCCUGCCCUGGACUGGUACCAAAGGAUGGAGCAGCUGCUGGUCCACUCCCAGGAAGAGUUGGUGCCACUGGAGCCUGUUGUCAGCCUGACAUCUCAUCUCACAUCCAGGAUUUUAGCUACCUCUCUCUCAAAUCUCCCUUCAUCUCAGAGGCUACAGUUCUGCUCCAGAGACUUCUUGCCUGAUCCUUCCAUCCAACAAGUGAGAAUGUCCACCUGGAAGUCCUGGGGAUGCCCACAAGAGGCCUGGGUACCAGGGAGGGAAAACCAGAUGCUAGGCAGGGAGGCUCUAGGGUGGGUGAACCAGACAGAGAGCAGUGGGGAGGAUGCUUGGGAGAUUCAGGCAACUGGAAGGCAACUCCCAGUGAAUUUUGAGAUGGAGGAUGGUGCAGAGACUAAGGCCCUGGCAUGGAGAAGUCAAAAACUAGUAAUAAGUAAAACCGAUGGAGAUAUCCUGACAUCAGGGUCAAAGAACCAGGAUGAGAUGGGAAUUGAGAAUAGAGCCGAAAUUCAGGAACUAGGGAAUAGAAACGAGAGGGAGGCUGAAGGUGAGAAUCCUCCUGGAAUCCAGGCACAUAUAGCAGAGCACCAGGAACAGUUAAGAUGUAAAACUGAUGCAGAGACCCAGACACCAGAAUGGGGGAACCAAGAGAAGAGUAGAGAUGAGGAUGCUAUAGUCACCCAGGCACUUGAGAAGAACAAGAAAGAGGCCAGAGGAGAGGAUGAAGGAGAGACCAAGGCCCAAGAAUCGGAGAAGCAGGACCAGAGUAGAAGUGAGGAUGGUGAGGAAAGCCAGGUGUCAGGAUGGGGAAAACAAGACGAGAUUCAAGAUGAUACUGGCAUAGAAAUUCAGGCACAGGAGAGGAGAGACAAGGCCCAGGUUGGAGGUGAGAAUGAUGUGCAAACCCAGGUACUGGGGAGGGAGAACCUGGGAGAAGUAACACAAGAGAAAGGUGUGGAGACCCAGGCCCUGGGGUGGGAAAAACAGGAAUGCGCUAGACGUGAGAAUGUUAUAGGGACUCAGACCCCAGGGUGGGGAAAGCAGGAUCAGGGUGGAAGUGAGAAAUCUGAGAAGAUCCAAGCAUCUAAGGAAGAGAUCUGGAAACAACUAAGACACGAACUUCUAGUGGGGUGGAGAAACCAAGGCCUGAGAAAGGGGGAGGAUGCUGGAGAGACCCAGAUCUCUAGAAGGAAGAACUUCAGGGAGAUAAGAGAGGAGGACUGGGUGGUGAUCCGGGCGCCCUGGUGGGGAAACAAGAGACUAGUAGCAAGUAAAAUUGACAAAGACUUUGAGAUACCAUGUUGGGGGCAUCUGGACCAGAGUGGAAGUGAAAUAGACAGAAAAUGCAAGAUACCAUGUUGGGGGAAUCAGAUUGGAGGUGAACUUAGGGCAGAAACUCAGGCAACAGAGAAGAGAGAUCAGAGAAAAGAUGGAGAAGAAGAUGGUACAAAUGCCUUGGCUCCUGAGGCAGAGAACCAGGGACAAUUAAGACAUGAAACUCUUGUAGACACCCCUCCACCAGAGAGGAGGAAUGAGAAGCAGUUUGGAGAUGAUAAUAGAAUAGACAUUCAGGCACUAGGGAAGAGAAAUCUGAGAGGGGUUAACGGUGAAGUUGGUAAAGAGACCCAGGAACUUGGGGAAGAAACCCAGGGUCAGUCAAGCAGUAAAAUUAAUGGCAAGAUUCAUAUAUCUGAGUUUAAGAAUCAGGAAUACAUUAGAGGCAAAGAUGGUGGAAACACCCAGGCAUCUGAGACUGAAAAGAGAGGAGAAUUAACAAAUCACAUUGAUGGAGAAGCUCAUUCAGCAGAAUGGAAGAAAGAGGAGCACGUUGGAGAUGAGAAUGGUACAGGAAUUCAAGCUCCAAUAAAGACAAGCCAGAGAGAAGCUGUAGUUGAAGAUGAUACAGAGACCUGGGAACAUGGAGAAGAAGACCAGAGCCAGGUAAAAGGUGUUAUUGAUAGAAAUAUCCAUUUAUCAGAGUGGAAGAACCAGGAGCAGACAGGAGGUGAGAAUGGAACAAAAAUUCAGGCUGGAAGUGAGGAUGCUGUAGAGACCCAGAGGCCUGAGAGAGAGAACCAGCAACAGUUAGAUGGUGGAACUGGGGAGAGUCACUCACGAGGGAGGAGCAAUUGGGAGCAGAGGGGAAAGGAGGAGGAAAAUCAGACAUUGGAGAAGAGACGUCAGAGAGAAGCUAGGAGUGAGGGUAGUGGAAAGACCCAAGGACUUAGCGGAGGUUCCCGGAGAUUGAUAGAAAGCAAAGCUGAUGAAAAGAGCUGUUUAUCAGAGUGGACGAACCAGGAGCAGACAGGAGGUGAGAAUGGUGCAGACACUGAAAUACAAGGGAAGAGAAACCUGAGAGAGACCACAGGUGAUGAUGGUACAGAGGCCCAGGCUCCAGGGGGAGAUUACCAGGGACAGGUAAAAAGUGAAGUCGAUGGAGAGAUCCAGAUACAAGAGCUGGGGAACCAGGACAAGGAUGGAGAUGAAGACGCUGCAGAAAUCCAAGAAGCUGGGAACCAGAGAGAGUGCAGAGCUGAGGAGGCUGGAGGACCUCACAUUCCAAAAGGAGGAAACGAGAAGCAGGUCAGAGGAAAAGAUGUUGCUAAAGACAAUCUCCCAGUUGACUCUUCUGGGGGCGAGGGGCCUGGAUAUGAGGCCAUGGAACAGCAACAGGCAGUGGCCUCUGCUCCCUGUCCUGAGCUGAAGCCUCUCUCCAGCUGCAGUCAACUGUCCCUGCAUGUCAGUGAGGAGGGAGAGCAUAUGGUCAGCCAGAGCAUGGCCUCUGCCAAGAAGCACAGAGUGAGGGUCAGGCUAGCCUCCCAGCAGGCCCCACCUGAAGCCCUGACAAGCCGACAAAAGGAUAAAAGGGUGGAUGCAGGGAGGACUUCUGGCUGGAUGCGGCAGCUCCAGAACGUACAUUCUGGAGAACUUCUGGCUGCUCCCCUGGGCCUGCCCGCUGCCCGCCCCUCUGUCUCAUGUCGCCAAGCCUCCCAAGCUGCUGCAGCUCUGGUGGGUGCUCCCACUGCCCUCACUGUCCUGCCCAAGUGGCCAGUCCUCAAAAAGAGCCAACAGCUCCUCUUGGAGUCCCUCAUGCGACGGAAGAUUGCACACCUGAAGUGGGGCCUCCCCAAGCGGAUCCUGGAGUCCCAUUUGCUCUUUAACAAGUUGGGACCAUGCCCGCUACCCCGUGCUGGGAUGAGGCUCCCUGGAUUGUACACAGCCCGUGAGCUCCAACGACAGCAGGGAACGCACUGUGAGGCCCAGGGCUGCAGGCCAGUCCUCAAGUCAACUGGGAGAUCCCAGAGAGUUCAGCCCCCAGAAAGAAAAAGCUCAAAACUUCCUACUCGGGCCAGGGCUCUAGAGAAAUGUGGGUCACAUGGGUGCGAGUCCAUGGGCAUUUCCAUCCAUUCUGAGAAGCCUGGGAGAGUCCGGCCACCAGGAGGCACUAGAGAACCACGGGACAUCCCGGAAAAGGCUCCUAGAGCCAAGGCUGCUGCCACUUACAGGAACUCCAGGCCCGCAGCACAGUCCAGGAGCUGGUGUGGCCAAGAGCCUUCCAGUGAGAACAGCAGGGACAGGAAAGUGGUCAGGCCAGGAGUCUCCCAGACGGCAGAGAUGGCUCCUUGCAAAGUAAGGACCUCAUAUUCCAGGGCAAGCCAUGACGCCUGCAGGAAGGAGCACAUACCCCAGGAGGCCCCUAAGCCCCCCAGACUUAAAUGUCAGCAGCCCACACAUGGGAGAAGAGAAAGCCUGGAGGCUGCAGAGGGCAGCGGGGCUGGGCAGCAGCCUUCCUUCCGUUUCACAAAUACCUCCAGCUUCAAACGUAAUUUCCACUCUGCUGCAGCAAGGUUGAGCGUGACCCUUUUAAACAAGAUAUCCUGGUCCCCACACUGGGCCAAGCCUCAGCACUCAGCCCCCAACCUGAGCCUGCGGGAUCCUGAUCCUACCCUGCUUUCCAAAGCUCUCAAAGGCCGCUGCUCGCGCGAGAUUGCUCGCGUGAAGAUUGCGUAG